UUUUAUCUUCUAGAAUAAAAUAAGAGCAACUAAAAUUCCAUGGUGUAAUUCAGUAUGGAAUGCAUGGACAAUUUGAAGCUCUCAACAAGAACAAAAAUUGCAGAUCUUAAUUCUUGAAAAUGCAUACAUACUGCAAAUUCAGAUAGUAUUGACAUUUUUAACGAGCAGUCUAGUCAUUCACUUAAUUCAUAUUUAUUCAUGACAUUAAGUGCUGGUGGAAAAUAACCAGGUUUUGUUUCAUAAAUAUGCACCAGACAUUAUCUAGAACUAGAAGAAAUUUGAAGAAUCAACACAAUGCUGUUGAAGCUUUGGCUGCAGAGACACCCGAAGGAGUCGAGUAUUGCAGCAGACGGUCUGUAUUGUUGGCAAGUGAUACGGCAGGAGCACAAUCAGUGAUGGAGACUCCUGAGACAAAUAAUUCUCAACAUGGAACAAAAACAACUGCUUCUUCAGAGAAUAGAACCUUGCUUGGUGCUGUGACAAUGGACUUUUCUGACAGUAUCAAUAGAUCUCCUCUUAGUGUCAAGUCAAAGUUGGAAAAUCUAUCAAGAAGUAGAAGUACAAAGAGGUCUCUAAAAACUCCACCAUCAAGGAAAAAGUUUCAUAUUGAAAAGGCUGACUUUGAUAUAUCAACUGACAAUGACAGUACUCCUGAUUUGAACCCCAAGAUAGAUGUCUUCAGCUCUGAUUCUGAGCUCUCAGAAAGUGAAUUUGCAAUCAAUAAAAGGAAUUUGAUGUCCAUUGUGGGAGAUUCUGAUCUUGAGCCUGAAUCCAAAUCACCUUUUAACUGGAAGAAAGAAAAUAAAAUGAGAAGAAAGUCCAUAGCUGAGGUAAUCCUGCCUUCUGAUGUGAAUGAUUCCGUGGCACUCUCUCGUAAACUAAAACUUAAUGCAAAUGUUGAGAAGUUGGCUCCUGGAAGACGUAGCAAACCAAUUGUCGGCUCUGAGGGAAAUGAUGCAUCUGGGUUUGAGUCUUCCACCAAGUCAAUUUUAAGUAAAAAGCCAUUUCCUACCACUAGGAAAUCAAUAGCUGUAACUGGAAGAAAUCAUUCAGUUGCUAUAGCUGAUAAAAAAUCAAAUGAUAUGCAUACAGAAAAGAAAGCCAAAGUGUAUUCAGAUUCAGUUACACCUAACAACAAAGAUAUAGCUAAAUGUCAAAGGAAGUCCAUGCGUUUAAGCGCACGAAAUUUGUCCUCGUGCUUCACUAGAGCAAAUUCUUUGGAAAAUGACAGUGAUUCUCUAGACAUCAAUUACAUUGAAGGAGAGUCUUCUUCUAAGGAAUGUUUUCAAUCAAAAUUGACUGUUGAUAAUAACUUGAACCAAAAAGUCUCUGGUGGAUGUGUAACAAGUGAUGCCCUUGCUGGGGUGAAGUUAAAUGUGAAGCAAUCAUUGCAGUUGGAUGACUCAGAAGGCAGUGACUUUGCUUCGGACAAGAAUGAAGAAGCAAAAGAAUUGAAACGAUCAAUUUCCAUCACCACAAAGCAGCAUGAAGAUUUGACUCGUUCAGAUACCCUUCCUACAGAAAAGCACUUGACGUCCCAAAGCCUCGAGAUGCCCCAAACUUCCAUCAUUCCGAACCCCUCCUCCUCCUCCGCGGGGACGGAGGCAAGCAAGCCGAGUAAACCUUGCCUGAAAACCCCCGCUGCUGCUGUUGAUGCUAAGCUGCCUGCCACCAGAGAAAUACUUAAAGGAGUGACCGUGUUUGUGGACGUGCGCUCAAGUGACGGCAGCAACAGGUCAGCAGCGAUGCGGGAGCGUCUUGCUGCUCUCGGGGCUGACGUCAGGCUCAAGCUGACGCAGGACGUCACCCACGUUGUCUUCAGAGACGGUCUCAAGUCGACGUACCAAGUGAGCACGCGGCGCGGGCUGUACCUGGUCUCCUGUACCUGGGUGGAGUGCUGCAGGCAGACAGGUACACGUGUACCUGAGGUACAGUACCCCUCCACCUCCCUGCACAAGUACCAGGACCCGCUCUUCCUGGCACGCCUCAGGAAGACGCGCUCGAUGCAGCCCAAGGACUUCUCGGAGGACCUCGCUGCUGCCGAGGAGCGCAUCAGACGACGCCUGCGACGACAGGCCCGGGCCAGCCCUGCCCCCUCCCCUGCUGCCCUGCAGGAAGAGUCCCCCCUACAGAGCAUCUGCCACCUCCUCACCCCCAAACGUCUCCCCAGCCCCGGGGUGUCGUCGGGUGCCAACGGGGGCCACUCCCCCAAGAACUACCUUCUUGAUGCCGUCUUUGCUCUCAACCCCAGCUUGUUUAAGGAUAAAGUCGACAAAAAUUACUUCAAACUGAAUAAUUUUGGAUUUGAGUCUGAGUUUGAAGACAGAAAUGUCGAGCCACGUCAGGCCGAAAAAACUGAUGGUCUCGUCCGACAAAGAAAUGAUUCCGAUGAUCUCAGGGAAAUGUUGAAGCGGAAAUACCUGACCAAUGUUCAGGAAAGUUUGUUAUCAUCAUCGUCGCUUUCUCCUUCUGAUAAAAGUAUUACUGGAAAAGAUAAAAGUAUUACUGGCAGUGAUAGUGAUGUGGUCGGGUCGAGUUUGCGUAAAUCUAAGCGUCUCAGCAGCGGCUUGAUAAACCGAAGAGAUUAUUUAAAUUUCAGUCGACACGGAAGAAGUGACGAUAGAAAUGGCCAAGCCUGCGAAAAUGGACAAAAUUCUGUUGGAAAUGUCAACGGAAAAUUUGCGGCAGGCAGCAGUGAAAUCUAUGCAGAAAAUGAGGACAUUUUCAUGAGUCCACACAAAAAUUCAGAACCUCAGAGAAUUUCUGAAAUUUUUAGUAAAAAUCGGCAAAAACCUGUUGAAGUUGCCAGUAAAUAUGGUGAACAAAGUCAAGUUAAUAGUGAAGAAAUUGAACGAAAAAAAUUGGGUGAAAUGAAUGACAGAGUUAAUGAAGCUUCCUCUGAUAGUGAUCAUGGAAACAAAGAUCGUGAAAAUGGUCAUAGUGAUGCAAAAAUGGGGAAAUAUUUAUCUUCCCCUAGAAUCUCCCCUCGAGGGAAAGGGAUUCCUCGGAUUGAAAUUGAGGAUGAAAAUGGGGAAUUGAUUUAUCCGAAAUCAGGCCAGAAAAUUCCCCAUGAAGUUGAAGGAGUGAACGACCAUAUGGAGGUGUAUGGAACUCCUUCAAGCCAUAUGGGGAGCACAUAUGGAACUCCCCAGGGGAGGAGCCCUCAUAUGAGGCUGAGGGCUCGCAGCGGCAGUGGGGAAAGCUUCCUCUCUGGGGACGAGGACUUCGACACUCCCCUCGCCGUCAGGCUCUAUACCAGGUUGGCGGCCAAGAGAACGCAAGGCAGCCUCGGCUGUUCCCCAGCCUUGGGGAGAUCAAUCAAGGGGAACAACAUCCCCGUGGCGGGGAGAAGGUCCUCCUCUGAUAUUGAGAGCCCCCCUGAACCCAAGACCUUAGCCCCGACUGCUGGGGUUGAUAAGGCAACAGCCCCAACGGGUGGGGUUGAUAAGGCAACAGCCCCAACUGGUGGGGUUUAUAAAGUAUUAGCCCCAACUGCUGGGGUUGAUAAGGCAACAGCCCCAACUGCUGGGGUUGAUAAAGUAUCAGCCCCAACUGGUGGGGUUGAUAAGGUAUCAGCCUCAACUGGUGGGGUUGAUAAGGCAACAGCCCCAACUGCUGGGGUUGAUAAGGCAACAGCCCCAACGGGUGGGGUUGAUGCCGGGCUUGAAAGUGUGGGGAAUGGGGAUGUGGGGUUUUGUGGACCUACCACUGGGGAUUCGAAUCCUUCCAUUGCGGGCUCAAAUCCCACGGUUCGGGGUUCAGCUUCUCCCGUUUGGGGUUCGAAACCUUACGUUGAACGUGCUAAAUCUACCGAUAGGGGUUCAAAUCCUGCCAUUAUGGGUUCAGAACAUCCCAGUGGGGGUUCAAACCCCGGCAAACAUUCGACCGAACCCACCCAUACAUUUACCAAGAAUGAAACUCGCCGAAAAGUUGCGCAGAAAUUCGAUAAUUUUUCUGCAGAAGACGAUGCAAUCAAUCGUGGCAAACGCAACUCUGUGCGGUUCAAAGACACGAAUCAUGUGACUAAAAGGAAGAGAAAUUACCACCGUAGUGAUGAAAAAGAAGAUAUUUUACAAGGUAAAAAUAAUGAUGUUUUACCGAGGUCGGGACGUGUGGUUAAUAACAAAGAUUACCGCAACCAAGCUCUAGAGUCAACGGCUUUAACCGGUUGUGGUGACGCGGUUGUUGAUGAUAUUGGUGGUGAGAUCAGCAGCAUUUCUGGUGUUGGUGAUGAAAAUGGUGAAAAUGUUGGUGGUGUUGAUGGAAGUGUUUGUGGUUCGUCUCCGGGAGUCAAGAAAAAUAAUUUUUUCAAGUUUCCAAGAAGGAGUCAGAGACUGAGCUCUGCCCUGAGUCUUGAAUCUGGCGACAGCGACGUGUUUUAUGACGUUAGUAUUGUUGAUGUACAUGCAAAUAACGUUGAAAACAUUGACGAACAUGGAAAUAACGUUGAAAAUAGCGACGUUGACAACAGUACCAACGUCUUGGACAAUAUCAGCAUUGUCGACAUUCAGGCUCGUGAUGUUGAACAUGUUGAUAUUAGUGAAGUUCCUGGAAAAAUGUUGAUGCUUGUUGAUAACGCAUCGAAAAAUGUACCAGAUUUUCCAGCCUCUGCGGAUCUCAAGGCAACGGAAUCCGAAGGGAAAAAUUUUGUCGGUUCACGUAAAAAAAGACGUGUUUUAAUGACAGAAAAUUCAGACGUAGAGCCUGACCUCAUCAUCCCCAUGACGCCUCCCCACCGAGGGGGGCUCACUUCCCCUCGCCGGGGGCCCACUUUAUACGAUGAACUCUUGAGCCAGAAACUGAACCCCCGGGUCCCCUCACAGCGAUCUGCCAUUAAAGCCAUGGGGAUUAAGGGGGAUGAACCCUUGCCCUUGCCGUGUUCAACUUCAAAAAAAUUCAUACGUGGGCCACUUUUUAAGACGCAGAAGAAAAAUAUUUCGACUCUUGCUGCAGUAAAUGAAUGUGGGUCAUCGAAAAUUUCGACUCUUGGGGGACAAAUUUUGAAUUUUAACGGGAAAAGUUUGCCGGAAGAAAAUAAUUCUGAACAUGAAACGCUUGAUGAAACUUGGGAUAGCAGCAUUCUGGCUUUCGAGACGCCCAACAGACGUUACCGAAACGCAUCGAGUUCUAGAACUAUUAGUUCUAGAAGCUCUAGAGCAACAGAUCUGAAUUCCGCUAAUUCUAGAUCUCCUAGUGGAGCUCGAAAAGAUUCUAGGACCGUGUCUUCUAGAGGAAAAAUUUCUCUACGUCAAGGAACGAAGUCAUCUAGAGUUUCAUCCGAUGGACGUUCUAGUGUAACUAGCAAUGCUUCUACUAGGAGGAAAUCUAGUUCUUCUUCAGCUGCUGGUUCUUCAGGAAAGAAACAAGGUUCUCUUAAAGCGACAGCAAAAGGUUCUGUGAAAAAGGUCGUCGGUUCUGUGGAACAAGCGUCCAGUUCUUGCCAAUCAAAAGGCAAUAAAAGAACUUCUGGUGGGGGAUGUACCACUUCACCACCUGGGGGUGUGGUGGUGGAUAGAACUGCUGGUUCUGCUGGUUCUAAAUCAAAGAAAAUUUCUCCUAAAGGACAAACCAAAAUGAAAACUCGAAAUACUACUAAAAAACCAUCCCGGAAAGGAUCCAAGAAAAAGACCAAGUCUUCAGGGAAGUCGGAGGAGGAGGAAGACAAGCCCAACAUAGUCUUCACGAGUCUGCACACGAGGGACACGGAGGUACUGCACCCAAUAGUGCUGCAGUUGGGGGGCUACCCCGUGGCCCCCCGUGUCACCCGUGACACCGUGACGCUGGUCGCGGGUGACAUCACCCGUCGUACCGUCAACAUGUUGCUGGCCUGUCUGCGGGGCGUGCCUGUCGUCACAGACAGAUGGGUGUACGAGUCCCUGUCUGGGGGAGACUGGGCGCCCAUAGACGGGUACAUGGUCCCGUCUGAAGGCUGGCCUGUCAUCCAGGGCGUCAGGGGCUGUAUGUUGCGGGGCAAGGCUGUGUCGCUGUUACAACACAUCGGCUGUGUGUUCAUACAUCCUCACACAGCGCCACCCCCUGCUGAUAUACAGGUGUGUUAA